AUGCCUCAGGCCGAGGCGCCGCUCAACAGCCUCGGCCUGCCGCUGCGGCCCGGUGCGAGCCCGUGCGCCUUCUACGUGCAGCACGGCGCGUGCCGGUUCGGCUCGAGGUGUCGGUACAAUCACCCGGAGCCGACCCAGCUGCGGCAGAUCGAAACGCUAGAACGGCAGAUGCUGCGGCCCGGGUGGUCGCCGCAGAAGACCGAUCAGCGACGGCCCGCCGAGAAUCUCUUCAAGACGAGGGUCUGCCGCAACUGGGAGCGCGAUGGGACAUGCGCCGACGGUGCGAAUUGUCGGUUUGCGCACGGAGAGCGGGAGCUGCGGGCUCUCGCGCGGGAGCCGCCGCCGCGGCUAUGGCGCGUUGAUUACCUCCUCGUGCAGCACGGCCACUGCAAGAACAAAGAAGACGCGAAACAGCUCGUCAAGGCCGGGCGUGUGCGCACGGGCUUACGCGGGGAGGUGGUCAAGGCCCCCGGGCAAAAGCUGCCUGGCGACGCGCGUCUCGCUGUCACCCCCGACGGCCAACAACUGGUCGGGAUCCUGGAUGCGGGGCCCGCGGCGCUCAAGCCCGCGCCCGCGUGCGUCGUCUGCGGCAUGCAAGGGGUCAUCGCGUCCCAUCACAUUCGCGACUGCCCCGCCGUCGCCGCCGCCGGCAGCGAUGCCGCCCAGGAGCAGCUGAUUGAGCAGUCGCGCGCCCAACGCAAGGCCGUACAGCAACGCGUCGUCAACCUCCUCGUGGCACGCGGGCUCUGCAGCUCGAAAUCCGCCGCCAGCAAGGCGAUCAAGGAAGGGCGGGUCACAAGCGGCGGCGAGACGAUCACCGUGAUGGGCAAAGGAAAGCAAAGCGGGCCUCCGGACGGCUACGUCUGCAGAAUGUGCAGCAGCCCCGGCCACUUCAUCGCCGAUUGCCCGCUCGCCCCGCGAGAGCGCGCGGCGGAGCGGCCUCCGCCCCCCGCCGGCUACGUCUGCCGCAAGUGCAACCAGUCGGGGCACUGGGUCGAGCUCUGCCAGCUGCGCGGGCACCACAACCCCGCGUCCGUGGUGCCGCCGGUCACGCCGAGCGCCGGCGGCGGUAGAGGGGGCGGCAGCAAGUUCUGGCGUACAUACAUUCUGCCGCUUGUCGACAACCCCAUGGGAGAAGGGGCGAUGGUGGCGCAUCUAGCCGCCCAUUCUGCCGCUUGCUCUGGCACCGAGUCGGCGGAGGUCGGGCGCGACGUCGCGGAGGCGCUCGAGGAGGCGGAGGAAGCCGCCACGCUCGGUACGGGCGGCGGCGGCGGCAUCGCGGCGCCGCGCCUCGAGACGCCCGAGGAGAUUUCGGCGUGGCAGGAGGCGAGGCGCACGAAUUGGCCGACGCGCGCCAACAUCAAGCGCAAGGCGGAGGAGGCCAGGGCGGCGGAGGAGCCCAUGCGCGUCGCCGCCGGCGGUGAAAGCGGGCGGCCGGUGCCGGUGCCGGUGCCGGUGGCAGGCGGGGACUCGCGCCCCUUUGACGUGCCCGACGACUGGCAGCAAGAGCGAGCGAGCAACGCGGCGGCGACGACGACGGCCACCUCGCACGGACUGCCGCCGCCGCCGGCGCCGUGGGUCGACGCGACGUCCGAGUACACCUUUUCGGACGGCUCUCGCGUGGCGGCUGUCUCGGGGGGUCCGCCAUUGCCGCUGCCGCUCAGCGCCGGUCCCGACGCGAGGGGGGCGGUGGCAGGCUUGGCGUCCGCAAUGGCAGCAACAGCAGAUGCAGAUGCAAUGGCAGCAAUGGCGGCGGCAAUCGCGUAUUGA